AUGAAGCAGUAUAUUCAACCUGGUGCUGAUAUACAUCUGAUUGUAACUUCGGUAAAAGAAGUUAAAUUGACACCCGUUCGAGAUGCGUUUACUCAUGUUUUUGGUCGAGCCACUGUACAAGGAAUUGGCGUUCAGUCUAGUGUUGCACCUCAACCCGUUGGAUUUGAGGCGGGUUUUAAGGGAGCAGGACAAAGAAUCGAAACUCUUCGUCGACAAAAUGCUGUUCGUCAAGAACAAGCUGUUGUAUCAAUUGAAAACUUUAUAGCUGAACUUGUACCAGAUAUGUGGUUUGAUAUUGCUUACAUAAUACUUCAAGAUCCCUUGAAUAAAAUUGAGCUACAUUUAUUCACUCAAGCAGUUCCAAUUCCAAUUGAGUAUGUUUAUCAAGCCCGUGAACGAACACCCACAGAUUAUCCAUUAAAAUCGAGUGGUUUUUUGGUGACAAUUGGUGAAAUAUUACAUGCACAAUUACCAUUUAUCAAUCCAGAAGACUGGCAUGAAAGGGUUUGCGGCACAUCGAGAAGAGAAAUUAUUUAUAAUACUGUUAAAUCAUUAGCCUACAUGUAUCGACAAAGACUAAGUCGCCAGUAA